AUGUUCGAAGGUCGACCUCGAGAUUCUUGUCUGGUUUCAACGCUUUUCACCAUGCCAAGCCAUCAAGAAACCAAAUGGAGCUUCUCGAUCUCCGGCAAACGCCCUUUCCUCAACAACGACGAGACCGAUCUUCACAGCCACAAGAAGAUUCAUAAGCUCACAGAGUUCUCGAAUCGAGACGAUGACUGUUCCGCGAGCGACGACGGAGAGAACGGAUCUUCAGAUUCGGGAUCGCUAAUCCCAGGGAUGAACAAAGACGAUUCGAUUAGCUGUUUGAUUCGUUGCUCUCGAGCUGAUUACUGCUCCAUUGCUUCAGUGAGUCGGAGCCUACGCGCACUCAUCCGAAGCGGAGAGAUUUACAGGCUCAGGAGGCUGCAAGGGACGCUCGAGCAUUGGGUUUACUUCUCCUGCCAUCUCAACGAGUGGGAAGCUUUUGAUCCGAGAUCGAAACGGUGGAUGCAUUUGCCGAGUAUGCCACAGAACGAGUGUUUCAGGUACGCAGACAAAGAAUCUCUCGCUGUAGGAACUGACUUGCUUGUGUUUGGUUGGGAAGUGAGUUCGUAUGUAAUCUAUAGAUACAGUCUUUUGACUAACUCUUGGUCCACCGGGAAGAGCAUGAACAUGCCUAGAUGCUUGUUUGGCUCUGCUAGCUACGGAGAUAUCGCGGUUUUAGCGGGCGGUUGCGAUUCGAGCGGUAGGAUUCUCGACUCCGCGGAGAUGUAUAACUACGAGGACCAGACUUGGUCGGUUUUGCCGGGGAUGAACAAGCGGAGGAAAAUGUGUUCCGGUGUGUUCAUGGACGGCAAGUUUUAUGUGAUUGGUGGGAUUGGUGUUGGGGAAGCGAACGAGCCAAAGGUUUUGACUUGUGGGGAAGAGUUUGAUCUGAAGACAAGGAAGUGGAGGGAGAUUCCGGAGAUGUCGCCGCCGAGGUCGUCGAACCAGGGGAACGGAAUGUCUGCGGCGGCGAUGGCUCCGCCGCUUGUAGCGGUAGUGAAUGAUCAGCUUUACGCGGCUGAUCAUGCCGGUAUGGCCGUUAGAAGGUAUGAUAAGGAGAGCAGGGUUUGGAUAAAAGUUGGGAAUCUGCCUGAGCAGGCCGGUUCGAUGAACGGUUGGGGUUUAGCGUUUCGGGCUUGUGGGGAUCGGGUGAUAGUGAUUGGUGGGCCGAAGGCUCCGGGUGAAGGGUUCAUCGAGCUGAACUCAUGGGUUCCAAGUGAUGCUACACCUCAAUGGCAUUUACUUGGGAAGAAACAGUCUGUUAACUUUGUAUACAACUGUGCCGUGAUGAGCUGUUGA